CCCUUAGCCCGAUAACAACAGACGGGCCAUCCAUAACCAAGCGGCUCAAGAAUCUCCUGACUCAACAACACGGCGGCGCAGCGCGGCGGAUGAUCCAUGGCGCAGCCCGUGCCCACGAACUCCCGCGGAGCCGGAGACCCCGUGACCGGCGGGGAUCGUAGCGAGGGAGUGCACGAGGAGGAGCAUCUUGCUGAACCUGCAUCAUCAUCUGCACAAACCCUGCAACCACCGUCCUUGAAGGAGUCGCCCGGCGCUUCCUCGGCGUCGGAGGAAUCGUGUGUCGCUGCCACUUCCUCCUCCAUUUUGCACUCAGAGGCAGUGGCUCUGGCUCCUGGCUCACCUAUCUUGUCCCGUCUACCGCGUGACUGGGGGCUCCAAUUUUACAUCAGGGUGGAUCUUUCAGGAUCUUUCCACACGUAUCCUCGUUUGGACGGGCCAUUCAAGAGCUUACAGGAAGCCGACGAUGCUAUUGACCGCCAUCUUCGUCACCGCCGGCUCACCAAAAUGUGCCCGGAGCAAGGCAGCGUUUCUCGGCUGGAUAAGGUGGUGCAACAAUGUCUUUACUGGCCCGAUGGCAGAAGGAAGAAGCGUUCUAAAUCGCAUGUGGUUGAGCAAAGCCAUAACCGAAUGUGCUUAUUGGCUAAAGCUUUAGUAGACAAGCAUAACGAGAAUCGCAACCUUUUCGGGGAUCUUGCACAUGAGCUCAAAGACGUUGUGCAGUAUCAAUCAGUUUGUGAGAACCGUGUGUGGUACUAUCAUCUCAAUAUCAUGACAAGAGCUGAAGGAGCUGAUGGUUUCUCCCAUGGCAUAGACAAUCUGUUCUUCGCGGAGGUCAAACGUGUGCGACAGGGACAACAAGAGGAAUUGGUGGUCAGCUGUUUCUGCAUGCUCAAACCGACUGAUAACGGUUGCUGCUAUGGUUGUACCAACAAUGGAUCUCCUGAUAUGAAGCACCCCAGCAGCACUGAUAAAUACACUGCUGGUCACUUGAACGCAUAUCUGCCAUUUGGAUGCCGUACGGAGUUUAGCGACUCCGAUGAUGAGGAGGAAGCUGAGGCUAAGCUGAGAGAUAUGUAUGAGGGCCUUGAUGAGCCAGACUUUCUGGAGAAGCUCUUCACAUUCCCCACUUAUGUAACUCUGAGGAAAGAUAGGAAGGGAACCUGAAGCUGAAAGACCAGACUCGAGGGCGUUAGGGCAAAAUGGCAUUGCACAUUUUAUUUAUCUUCUCGUGGUUCAGUUAUAAUAAUGUUGUAAGGCCCCCUUCAAUGUUUAAGAGUUUGAGGAUGCCCUCAUUUAAAUGAGCAAUUUGUACAAGUAGCUUGUGCUUGCCUUUUGUUUUACACAAAUCUGUUUGCAAGGAGUUGUGAAUAAACUGAAGGUUCCACAGCUGUCAAAUUUGAAACACGCCUCAGGUUCAUAUUA